CCGCUGGGGAAGUCCUCCGAGUUGGGGAGAGCAGGAGCGGCUAAAUACUGUUGAUUUGGAUGAGAGACUCGAAGCGAAGAGAAAGAGAUCAUGACAUGGUGCAAUAACUCCGAUCCGGAGGGGAAAGCAAUUCAGAUUGUCGCCGGCGAUGCUUCUAGAGGCAACUGCAUAAUCGAUCCCCAAGGUAGCGCUGUCCGGACAGUAACGUGUCCUUCAUGCGGCCACAAUAUUGAAUUGCUAGAUCAGGGCAUGAUACAUGAUCUGCCGGGCUUACCGUCUGGGGUGAAGUUUGAUCCAAACGACCAAGAAAUUCUGGAACAUUUGGAGGCGAAAGCAGCGGCCGAUGCUCGUAAAAUACAUCCGCUAAUCGAUGAAUUCAUACCAACAUUAGAGGGAGAGAAUGGGAUCUGCUAUACCCACCCAGAGAAGCUACCAGGAGUGAGCAAAGAUGGGCAAGUUCGCCACUUCUUUCACCGACCUUCGAAGGCGUACACGACCGGGACCAGGAAACGGAGAAAAGUGCAUGGCGACACGGACGGGGGUGAGACAAGAUGGCACAAGACAGGGAAGACCCGCCCUGUCCUCAUUGGCGGGGCAGUGAGAGGGUUCAAGAAAAUCUUGGUACUCUACACGAAUUACGGAAGGCAAAGGAAGCCCGAGAAGACGAACUGGGUGAUGCAUCAGUACCACCUCGGUGACAAUGAGGAGGAGAAAGACGGUGAGCUGGUCAUGUCCAAGGUUUUCUACCAAACGCAGCCUAGGCAAUGUGGGGCGAGCGUUCGAGAUCCAUCGCUAGACAAGAGAUACACGAAGGAACAUCAGGUGUUGCACGGUACAAGCGUGGUCGAUUACUACAACUACAGCAAUCCUAAUUUCAUUUCUAAUUACGACCAAGUGAACCCAAAUAGAGAAAGCCCACCACAGUUGAUUCCGAAUUUGGUGGUACAAGGUGACGGGUCUUCGUUCAUCCAGUUCACACCGGAUGCAAGCAAGGGGAAGCUUGUAAGAAACAGAGAUGGAGGUGGUGGUUGAUUGGUCAGCUCAAGAAAUAUCAUUAUUGUUGCGUAACACCAACAAUAAGUUAUGUAUAUGCUUUCUUGAUUUUUAAUAUAUUUUUUUGGGUGAUAUUGACAAGGGAAGCUAAGUGGGAACAAGAGGAAAUUGCUGCUUUUCAGGCCGACGAAAAUCUGGGGAAGUUUUUUCUGGAUCAAGAUAGUAAGUUGGACGUGAAAUUUUAACUUCUGUCGAGUCCUUAUCUGUUUUAUUGUUUUGAAACUUUCACACGCAUUUGAUAGGAACACACAAUUGAUGAGAGACUUGGUUCCGUGGGAAUGCUCCAUUUAUGGAGACCCCGAUGAGAAUCUUGUAGAAAGGUCAUGAAAUUGAAUUAAAUCAUACUGUUUUGAGUUUGUGUUUA